AUGUAUUUUAUGAUUUAAGUAUACAACCUCUAAAUUUUUCUCUAAACCCAAACCUCAGAAUCAGGAAAUUCUUUAUUUUCGCAUUGGCGCCUAUCAUUCUCUCUCUAUCUGCACUCAAAUUUCCCGGUCAACUUCUCUUGGAAGUUACUCAAAAUCACAAGCCAUGGAUGACGUCGCGCCUCUAGCCUCCGAAAUUACCACUCGCCAUUCGAAGAGGGCUAGGGUUCAUGCUCUAGACGGUGGAGAUGAGCCCAGCAAGGCAAACGGUAAUGAUAGGGAGAAUCAAGAAAGGAGCAGCGAUGGCAGUGAUAGGAGCCCCAACCCAGGGGAAAGGGAGGGUUCACCAGAUGAUUUUGAAGAAAUUCGUCCCAAAACUAAGCGACCUCGACCUGCUGAGGGGACUUCUGAUGUCCCCAACAGAUCUGAAGAGAGAUUAAUUGAGGUUAUCAAAGGUAGUGGUAAAAAUAUUUCUCAAGCUGUCAAGCAGUGGGUUGAGCGAUACGAGAAGAAUCCGAAACCUGCUAUGGUUGAACUCUUAAUGAUGCUUUUUGAGGCAUGCGGGGCAAAGUAUUACAUCAGGGAAGAGUAUCUGGAUGAGAUUGAUGUUGAUGAUGUUGUGGUUGCUCUUGUCAACCUUGCUAGAAAAGGGGAAAUUGAAGAUUAUCAGGGUUCAAAAAAGAAGGAAUUCAAGAAUUUCAAGGAGAAUCUUGUUUCAUUCUGGGACACUUUGGUUAUUGAGUGCCAGAAUGGGCCUUUGUUUGAUAAAGAUUUGUUUGACAAGUGUAUGGAUUAUAUAAUUGCACUGUCGUGCACACCACCAAGAGUUUAUCGUCUAGUUGCUUCCCUGAUGGGUCUCCAGCUAGUCACAUCUUUCAUUUCUGUUGCAAAGAGGCUUGCUGUACACCGUGAUACUACUCAAAGACAGUUAAAUGCUGAAAGGAAGAAAAGAGUUGAUGGGCCUCGUGUGGAGUCACUAAAUAACAGGUUAUCAGCAACUCAUGAGCAGAAACUUGUAAUAGAUGAGAUGAUGCGCAAAAUCUUCACUGGGUUGUUUGUGCAUCGAUAUAGAGAUGUUGAUCCUAAUAUUCGAAUGUCAUGCAUACAGUCGCUGGGUGUUUGGAUUUUGUCAUAUCCUACAUUGUUCUUGCAGGAUCUAUACUUAAAGUAUCUUGGAUGGACUCUAAAUGACAAAAGUGCUGGAGUAAGAAAAGCUGCUGUCCUUGCAUUACAAAAUCUCUAUGAGGUGGAGGAUAAUGUGCCCACUCUUAGUCUUUUUACUGAAAGGUUUUCUAACCGGAUGAUUGAGCUUGCUGAUGAUGUUGAUGUUUCUGUGGCUGUAUGUGCCAUAGGGCUUGUAAAACAAUUACUUAGGCAUCAGCUUAUACCUGAUGAUGAUUUGGGUCCUUUGUAUGAUCUACUCAUUGAUGAUCCACCAGAAAUCAGGCGUGCAAUAGGAGAAUUAGUAUAUGACCACUUAAUUGCGCAAAAAUUUAAUAGUUCCCAACCUGGCCCAAAAGGCAAUGAGAGUGAGAUUCAUCUUGGAAGAAUGUUGCAGAUAUUACGGGAGUUUUCAACGGAUCCCAUUUUAAGUAUAUAUGUUAUCGAUGAUGUCUGGGAGUACAUGAAGGCCAUGAAGGAUUGGAAGUGUAUCAUCUCCAUGCUUUUGGAUGAGAAUCCAUUAAUAGAGCUAACAGAUGAAGACGCAACAAACCUGACUAGGCUUCUUUUUGCUUCUGUCAGAAAGGCUGUCGGAUUGAGGAUUGUUCCUGCUUCUGAUAAUCGGAAACAAUAUUUCAGUAAAGCUCAAAAAGAAGCAAUUGAAAACAAUAGGCGGGAUUUAACUAUUGCCAUGAUGAAGAACUACCCAUUACUUCUACGUAAAUUCAUGGCUGACAAGGCAAAAAUUUCAUCAUUGGUUGAGAUUAUUGUAUAUAUGAACCUUGAGCUUUAUUCUCUGAAGAGACAGGAGCAGAAUUUCAGAACUACUCUUCUGCUCAUCAAAGAUGCAUUUUUCAAGCAUGGUGAGAAGGAUGCAUUGAGAUCUUGUGUAAAGGCUAUUAAAUUCUGUUCCACUGAGAGUAGAGGAGAGCUGCAAGAUUUUGCUCGUAACAAACUAAAGGAGCUUGAGGAUGAGCUUCUUGAUAAGCUUAAAUCUGCAACUAAAGAAGUGAUCGAUGGAGAGGAUGAGUAUUCUCUUCUUGUGAAUUUAAAAAGAUUGUACGAGCUUCAAUUGUCAAGGCCUAUAUCAAUUGAUGAAUUCUAUGGAGAUAGUAUCACAAUCUUGCACAGCUUCAGAAAUUUGGAUGAUGAAGUUGUUAGUUUUCUGCUGCUGAAUAUGUACUUGGAUGUAGCCUGGUCUCUGCACUCUAUUAUAAACAGUGAAACUGUCUCUGAAGGAUCCUUAUCAUCUCUCCUGUCUAAACGUGAUACCUUGUUGGAGGAACUUGAGUAUUUUCUCAAUGCUCCUCCUGAAGUCGGGGAAGGGAGCAAAUCAGGAAAUCAGCUAGCCUGCAGGGUUUGUACUAUAUUAGCAGAUGUCUGGUGUCUGUUUAGGAAGACAAAUUUUUCGUCAACAAAGCUUGAAAGAUUAGGAUAUUGUCCUGAUGUUUCUAUACUUCAGAAGUUCUGGACCCUUUGUGAGAAGCAGCUGAAAAUUUCAGAUGACACAGAAGAUGAAGAUGUUAACAAAGAGUAUAUAGAGGAGACAAAUAGAGAUACAGUCAUGAUUGCUGCUGCAAAGUUGAUUGCUAGUGAUACAAUCCCAAAGGAUUAUCUUGCUCCUGAGAUAAUUUCUCAUUUUGUGAUGCAUGGAGCUGGCAUUGCAGAGAUUGUUAAGAGCCUGAUUACAGUUCUGAGGAAGAAAGAUGAUAAUGUCUCUGAAAUCUUUCUAGAAGCUUUGAAAAGGGCCUAUCUUCGACACCUGGAACUUUCAAGAAGUGAUGAUGAAUCCAUAAAAAGCGAGUCUUUUCAGGAGUGUAAGAAUUUGGCUGCUCGGCUUGCUGGAAUAUUUGUUGGUGCUGCUCGGAACAAACACAGACCUGAGAUUUUAAAGAUUGUUAAGGAAGGCAUUGAGUAUGCUUUUGAAGACACUCCAAAGCACCUGUCUUUUCUGGAAGCUUCUGUGCUACAUUUUGCGUCAAGACUUCCUGCACCUGACAUACGAGACGUUCUGAAAGAUGUCCAGAAGAGGACAGAGAAUGUAAAUGCAGAAGAGGAUCCAAGUGGGUGGCGCCCUUAUAAUACAUUUUACGAGAGUUUGCUGGAAAAGUGUGCAAAGAAUGAAGGGAUCCAAGAUGAGAAGGAAUGGACAACUACAAGACAAAGGGGUCGUCCUAGGAAGCGGCAAAAUAUUGAGGGGAGGAGACUUUUUGAUGAGCAUGGUUCAAGUGAUGAAGAGGAUUCAAUUAACACAUCAGACCAGGAAGAUGCUCAGGUUGAGGGAGAUGAGGAAGAUGAUAAUGCUCCUCUGAUUCAUUCACUUAAGUCCACUUCUAAGUUGAGGUCAUUGCGAGUCUCAAGACAGGAAAACUGAGGCAAUUGAAGGUCUGGAUCAUCUGCAAGAGGUACAGAUUAUUAGCCACUUCACGUAGGUGAGGUAUGAAAUGCAUUUUCUAGUUCCCAUGCAUGACUUGGAGAUUGGUCCUUCGAUGAAAGAUUUUAGAGUGUGAAUUGCAAGUGGAUUGUGGAAGACGAUCAUAACUUAAGGAUUUAUGCAGUCGAACUAGAUUGGGAUAUCAUAGAAUUCAAAUGUAAGUUUCUGUUAGGAAUGUAAUAUCAGGAUGUUUUUACCCCUCUGUUAGGUUAUUGUCAUUGCUAAUGAAAAACUCGGAGUUCCGCUCA